AUGGAGCUGCAGGCACUCCCGGAGAAAAUCCGCUUCGUAUCCGUCGCGUUUAACGACUAUCUCAAACCCGCCCGGGACCUACAAGCGGUGUGUGUGUCUAGUCCGUCGGCCGUUGCCGCCUGUCCCGGUGUCAGCCAGGCGGUAGCGAGGUCGGCGGAGUCAGCAGCGAUUUUCGACCACGUCUUCGUGCCGGAGCUAAACUCACUGAUUUUCCAGCUCGCUGCUCUCUCCGACCUCCGUUUCGCCGAACCUAAUCCCUCACAGGCGGAUAUAAAGGCGUGCAUCGAAAUGCUUGAAGAACGUGUUAAAACCGUCUCCAGAACAAGCAAGCAGUUGUCAGGGCUGUUAACAGGUUCCGGUGGCUCUGUGGCCGUGGCGUCGCGAAAGCUACAGAGCACUGAGGCUGAAACCCUUAACGUCAUGGUCGAGCUGGAUAAGAAGGAGAAACGGGACAGCAAGCGCAGCCUCUGGUUUGGGAUUGGCGGGGCGGUUCUUGUGGUGCUUGGAGCCCCUCUUCUCCUGUGCGAGGCACCUGCCAUCAUCGCUGGUGCUGCCAUUUCUGGCGCUCGUGUUGGUGCUGGUGUUGCUGCCGUGGUGGGAGCUGGCGCGAGUGCUGGUGGCUCCAAAAUAUACGCCACCAAGGCAGCACAUGCACUCACAAUCUACCGGGACAAGGGAGAGGUGCUGGAAGGCGUGCAGAGGAUGAAGGGCCCGGCACGAAGCCUCUCUGAUAGCACGGGCAAGCUGGUCAAGGGCUUGGAUAAAGUUGAUGCUCUCCUCACCAUGCUCUCCGACCGCAUCUCAGAAUGCCUUAAAACUGACAAGCUGACCUCAGGGACUCUCCUGAGGUCGAUGGCUUUAGACAAGCUGUUGGAACUGGCACUGGCGGUUGGGGUUUCGGCUUGCUACCUGCCGGCACAUGAGGUGGAGGUGGAUAUGCUGCUGGGGGACAGGGAGGCUGCUGAUGUGGUGCGCGCCUGGAAGCUGGAACAACUGGAGGCUGAAGCGGCUCCAGCGUCUGCUGCAGCCAAGGCGGAGGUGUGA